AAUCUGUAUGCCGAAAAAAUUGCCAAAAUGCUUAAAAGUGAAAAUAAUUUAGGAGCAAUUUUAGUUCAGGUUCAGGAUGAUUUGAGAGAACUCAGAUAUAGCUUUCAGAAAAUCACUGUCAGUGCCAGAGCAACAACACUGGACAUUCAAACCCUGGACAAUGUCAUCACCAAGGCAGAGAGAAAUAUCAGGAGUUGCACAGAGGAUUAUUUCAAAGCAUUAACUGCACAGGUGCUGGUUCUUCCAAGUAUUGAAGGCACACAGAAAAUGUCUGAGCAGAUUCCCAAAUGGAAACCUGUUCAGGACUGUCUCCCAGUCCUGCAUCUACAAGGAGAAGAUCUGCGACACACUGUACCGAGGAAAAAGCCCAAGCCGACAUUAUCCAUGCGCUUGCUGUGCAGUCCUGCUCACCCAAAGCACAGAGCUAUAAUGUACCAGAAAUGUGAGAUAUUGCUCCCUGAUGUCCACAAAAAGGGCACAAAUGCAGCAAAACACCACAGAACAAUCACUGGCCCUGCUAAGAAAAUGAAAGCCUCAGGGCCAAGGAGCCAUCACAACGUGAAUAUAACUGAGGAGGACAAAAGGACAGGUUUGAAGUCUGGACAUGAUAAGCAGCUGAAAUGUGAAAUAGUACCGAUCUCCAUGAGCCAAAAAACAGGUAGCACAUGCGCAUUAUUCUUGACCCCCAAGACACCGCCUCCCACCGCAACUUUAAAGAGCAUGGCCAAUGUUAGUGUGAUGCAAGUCAGCACUGUGAUACGUGAAUAUUCUCAGAUCACACCUGUGCCGGUUCCUGUAAACAUCAGUAAAUACCCAUUUACCAUCACAAAUGGAAGGAUCAACCCAGUGGCAGCUGAUUUCUGUCACUUCAAGCAGAGCUUCAGCUUGUGCUGGGGUAGCGUGGUGUACGCUCUUCAGGCAUUAGAAAAGCUGCUCUGAGACUUUGCAGUGCCUCGAGCCAAAGUGAGUGGGGAGCGGCUGGUGGAGUUUGCUCAAGGCUGGGACUGUCAUUGGAGAAAUGCUCGGCCAGUGAUCAACCUCCUCUCUGUUCUUGAAAACUGGGAGGAAGUACUGGGUCGAGUCUUAAUCCCAGGUCAGCGCUACAAGGGAGAAGGUGGCACCGAGGCAGCUGCCAUUCACAUCCAAUCCUGCUGGAGGGGCUAUACAGCCCGGACAGCCUACCUGCACCACUGUCGACGCAGGUGGGCGGCAGGGACCAUUGCCAUCUCAUGGCUGAUGCACACUCAGAUGCUCCAUGUCAGGAAGGCCCUGCAGGCUCGGCGUUGUAGACAGCUGGAGAAUUACCGCAGCAGGGCCCAGGAUCUGGCAGCCAACUGGAAACACAUCCAGUCCUCCAAGAGAAUCAUUAUCCACAUCCCUUCAUUAGGAUACACUCAGAGUCAGCGACUGAACAUGAGGGGGCUUGACAUCCACCACAACGUCCAAAUGAACAGGCUGUGUGAUAUUAGAGAUAAAAAUGUGGAGGUGAUCUACAUAUGUCGCCAACAUCUGGGGGAGGACAUCUUGCAGUAUUACAGCAGCCUCUUGCAGCGUGACAAGGCUGAUAACAGAGCAACUGAGACCUCUCCCUGUGUCAGGCCCUUUGUCGUCCUCACACCUGAGGCCAUAGAUUAUUUUCCGGACCGUAACAUGUGCCUGUCUACGCUCCUAAAGUACAGUCCACGCACCCUAAAGCGCAUAAGGAAUCUGAUCCAGGGGAAGCAAGCUUAUAUUGUGGGUGGUGUUGCCCAUGUGGACGACUUAGCAGUGGCUGAUGAGCUGGGUGUGCCAAUCUUGGGGCCAGAACCAGCUGUUGCACAGCUCUACAAGUCUGGAGGGCGGAGGAUCUUUACUGUGGCAGAUGUUGAUGUACCCCCUGGUCAGGGAGGCAUCUACACAUUAAACCAGUUUCAAAUGCUGCUGGUUGAGCUUAUGACCCAAAACUUAGAUGUGCAGCGAUGGCUCUUCAAGAUCGACUCCAAGCACAGUGGCCGUGGUACAGCAUAUUGUGACGUAUGCCAUCUCAGCUGCUAUAAGUGGGCCCUGCACGAAUACCAUCGCUGUGGUCCUGAGCUAUGGAAUGCAAAAUGGAUUCAGGAGUCUGUGCUGCUCAGAUAUUUAGAUGAGAUCCCUCAGUGGCUGACCCGUAACGCCCGGCCUGUUAAAACCUCCUGCUAUCCCAACUGGACCUGCUUCCUUAAGACCUUCCUCGGGCAAGGUCAGAUACCCAUUUCAGACAGCAUCUCCUCCUGUCUGACAGUAGAUCUGCUGAUGAAGCCUGGGGGUGAGGUGACCGUGCUGUCCUGUGGAGACCAGCUUCAUGGCACCUGUCAACUCGAAGCUGUAGGUUCCACUGUUCCUCAGACCUGUGUACACCCAGAGACCGUGCACUCCAUCUGCAUGCGUGUGGGCCAGGCCUGUCUGCAAUGCCGUAUUGUAGGUUAUGUCUCUGUGGACCUGGCUACCUUUUUGAACCACGACACCAUGGAGCAGAAGGUAUGGGCUAUUGAUCUGGACCUCAGAUACAGUGACCAACUGGCCAUGACCCAGAUGCUUCUGAUGAUGACUGGAGGAACGCUGAAUUGCCGCGCAGGCUGUUUAGAAGUGCCAAUGCAAAUCAGAGAGAAACAGUGUCAACAGCAGAUUGCAGACAAACGUCCUGCAGUUCAUCGUUUUGCUGUUCUUGGCAGCCACUUGUUUCACUCCAGCCUCUCUAUGUUGUACCACCAUGUGUUCUUUAAGAUGUGCAAUGUUCAUGGUAUUGGAUUGGACAGCGGUGAGCGAUGCAACAUUGGAAUGAUAACGGUCUCUGAAGAUCUCCAGGGAGCUCUAGUGACCUUUGCUCGGAAUCUGUCCGUCAUUCAUCGGGAAAUAUCAUCAUCUAAAAUGCAAGAAGAGACCAAUUUCAAGGAAUAUUUGGUCGGUGAACAAGCGCGCACUAAAUGCCGGGAUUUGAGGUUAAUUCUGCUGAGGAGGAACAACUGUGCAGCUCUUUGUUUCCAUCCGGACAACUUUAGAAGAAGUGCCGUGACAGAACAUCUAACACUGAUGCAAAGGUCCCUCACCCGUCCUCAGAGCCAAUUAACCUGCGAUCAGCCCGAUGGUACAAAGCUGAUUAAUUAGAGCUGGGACGAGCUCUAUACGAGAUGCUGUGGAGAGGCCCUCAGGUUCCAUUCCACACUUGAUGUGUCCAUAGUGACUGUUACAUACAACCAGCUUGCCAUUCAGUAUGUAUUAAGCUGUCAGAGUGGGCUGCUCUCCCAAGCCGCCUGUCUUCUCU